GGCAGCGGAAGUGGAUGCGACCGAGGUCCUCUUGGUCCUCUUGGCCCUCUGCGGAUUCUCGUUCUUGCUCAGGAAAUUUGAAAAAAUCAUCAUAAUAAGUUCUUGCUCAGGAACUCUCAUUUUCAAGGCGAGCGAGAUGCACCGGAACUACUUGAAGGAUAGGUCGUUCGAAUUCUGCAAAAUGCUUCGGGUUGGAAAGAAGCGAAUUGCUGUAUUUUUUGUGAUAAGGACAUUGAAAACUUGGGACAUCAUUUUUUUUGAGUUACGAAGCAGUACAGACCUUUUGGUUGGAUAUGCAGAGCUGGCUAUCUCUCUCAAAAUAUUGGACUGUCACCUUGGACGAUGGAGUCCAUUAAGUUUGUCAAGGACAAGAAUUUGGAUUUUGUUGUUAAUAGGGAAGUUUUUUUAUUCACAAAUGCAAAUAUUUCAAGACAAACCCCUGUUUAAGUCAUUGGUUGAACGAGUUUCUGCUUUGGUACAAAUCUUUGAAGUUUGUAAAGCAUAAGAAAGCCCUUAAACUUCUUUCUCUUCUUAGUAGAUUUAACUUAUAUUUAUAAAGCCCUCUUCUGUAUUUGAUUUAUUGAUUUUUAUUUUUAAAUUAGUCAGUUUCUGUGACGUUUCCACACACAAAAAAGAUCUCUUAAAAGUAAGAGUUGUCACUUUGCACUAAUCUGCUUUUGCCAAACUUUUCGUCUCGUUUACAUUGCGAUUGUAAGUACAUUUGAGUUGAGGUCUUUUAAAAACAACAACAAUUUGAUUAAUCCCUUCGGGAACGCUGCAUUGUUUGUAUUCCCAAAAUAUCAUCACAAAAUAAAUAUUGCCAGGAGGUACGACUUAACUUCCAUUCUGUGCGAGUGGUGUUUACACACGUAAAUAGACGUACAGUAUUGAAGUGUGAAACCAAUAAAUACAUCAAUCAAACAUGGCCGCGUGAAGGCGCGUCAGAUAGCUAGGUAGGAUAGGACACGCCCAUUUUUCAGCUCCGUGCCCACGGCGACGGUAAGCUUGGGAGGUCGAAGUCGUCGGCGCCCAAAAAAACAGAGAAAAUUCAAGAAAGCAAAUCAAAAGAGCACGUGCUAGCUACAUCGUGCUACAUACGGCUGCGUAAAAUGACGACAAGAGAACCGGAAGUCCUUAUCGUGUGUAAAAAAUAUAUUUUUGCUUUAAAAAAACAAAUGUGUGUCUAGAUAGUAUACGCUUCGGCGUUGACAAAACUGUAACCUGCAUGAAAAUCGGUUAUGAAAGGAGCAAGUUCGGACUGAAAUGUGUCCGUGUGUUUGCCUUCUAUGGGAACGACGACCUCCCCAACAUGGCCGCCACGCAGCCACGUCGGUUAGUCGUGCAACUGCAGCGCGCUGGCGUAACUCGUCAUCAUAUCUAUGGGUUCCUCUCUCCGGCACAAUCUUUGGUGCAAGCCGGAAUCCCCGCUUGGAAACAAGAAAAAUCACCCCGCAUUUGACGGCGCAUCAAACGAGUGAAGAAGGAUGGGAGGACAACAAAGUCAACAAGGCCAACAGCAAGACCCGCCCCCUGCCGAUAUUGCCCAAUCGCAAGAGGCUGGAGCAGAGCUGCCGCAGUGUAUGAUGGGAAACAGGAAGGUCGACGACAUGCGCUACCUGAUCUCGUGCACCAACUGGUACUGAUGAGAGAUGACGAUGCGUUCAGGGCCCUCUGUUCUCCCCGUGCCUGCGUGGCUUUUCUCCGGGCACUCCGGUUUCCUCCCGAAUCCCAAAAACACGCAUGCUAGGUUCAUUGACGACUGUAAAUUGCCCGUAGGUGUGAAUGUGAGUGCGAAUGGUUGUUUGUUUGUACGUGCCCUGCGAUUGGCCGGCGACCGGUUCAGGGCGUACCCCGCCUCCUGCCCGAGGAUAGCUGGGAUGGGCUCCGGCACGCCCGCGACCCGCGUGAGGAGAAGCGGCUCACAAAAUGGAUGGAUGGAUUUGUAAAACGCGUGGUUCAUCGUGCACAUUGGGUACGCUGGCGCAGCUUGCAGAUUGGAAGAUACACCAAGUACUCUCCUGCCUGUCUCUCUGAUCGCCUUGGCUGCAGUGGUCCAGUCUUCUGGAAGCUCCUCCCGUCCACCGAGAGCCUGUCAAGAUGAAAUCCACCUGCGUGCUUCUACCUCCGCUCUUAUCCAAAAUGGCUUCGUCGUCUCACAUCGCGAUGCUGUGGCUCCUCCAACUGGCCAUGCUAACGGCUGCAGAUGCUAACACGCGCGGCCAAUGGGAAGCCAGGCUGAAGCUGUCGCAGCAAGAACUGAAGAACGGUUCGGCGGUCUAUUGGGGGGGUGAGACCAGCGGCGGUUUCCAGGUGCUCCUAUUGGAUGAAGAUCGGGGUCGCUUAUUGAUUGGCGGGAAAGAUCACAUCCACAUGCUGAGGUCGGACAGCGUGGACCUUCCCUUGAGCACGUUUUUCUGGCCUGCCGCUCAGAGCGCCUUGCAGCACUGCCUCACGAUUGGAAAAAGUUUGCACGACGACUGCGCCAACUUUGUCCGUCUGCUGCAAGCGUUGAACGACACACACGUUUAUGUUUGCGGCACGGGCGCCUUCCGGCCGCAGUGUGCGAUCCUCUUGGUCCAAAAUAAGGAGGCGCUCUCUAUGCUGCCUCACACCGUCACGUCCGGACAAGGAAAAUGUCCUUACAGUCCCGAAGAACCUUUCGCUGCUCGACUCAGUGACGGCGACGUGUAUGCCGCCACGUCUGUGGAUUUCAUGGGAACCAACGCCGCCAUCUUUCGGACAUCCGUCGGGGCCGCCGGGCGCCACCUCCGCACGGAAGCGUACGACCGCAACUGGCUCAACGUUCCCGAAUUUGUGGCUUCCUUCGCCAUCGCCGACACUCACAACAGCGACGACGACAAGAUCUACUUCUUCUUCAGGGAGGUGGCGGCGGAGGCGGAGCAGUGGGAUAAGAAGAUCUACAGCCGAGUGGCUCGAGUGUGUAAGAACGACGUGGGAGGGAGGCGAAGUCUGAUCAACCGCUGGACCACCUUCCUCAAAGCUCGUCUGGUGUGUUCGGUCCCGGGCCCAUCCGGAGUCCACACGCACUUCGACCGACUCGAGGAUGUUUUUGUUCUGGAGACCAAAGACCGUCAGAACCCUGUCCUCUAUGGCCUCUUCACGACCUCCAGCGCUCUGUUCGGAGGCUCGGCCGUGUGCGCGUUCUCCAUGGCGAGCGUUCGCGCGGCCUUCAACGGUCCGUACGCCCACCGGGACGGUCCGGACCACCGCUGGGUCGAGUACAAAGGCCGCAUACCGUACCCCAGACCCGGGGCUUGUCCCAGCGAGACGUACGACGCUCUCCACGAGUCUACGCAGGAUUUCCCGGACGAGGUGGUGAGCUUCAUGCGGCGGCAUCAGCUCAUGUGGGAAGCGGUCCUCCCUGCGGGCGGGCGACCUAUCUUCACGCGCGUCAAUGCGUCCCACCUGCUGACCAGUCUGGUUGUGGACCGGCCAGACACAGAGGACGGAAGGACGGUCGUCUUGUUUCUGGGAACGGAUGACGGCAAGGUGCUGAAGGUUGUGACCUCGGAGACGGAGGAGAUUGUUCUAGAAGAACUCAACGUCUUCCAGAGUGGCGCCGCCAUCCGCAGCAUGAAAAUCUCCAGCAAGAAACAACAGCUUUACGUGUCCAGCGAAGGGGGCGUGUCCCAGCUGGCGUUCCACCGGUGCCACUUGUACGCCGACUGCAGCGAGUGUCGCCUGUCCAGAGAUCCGUACUGCGCCUGGGACGGACAGACAUGCUCGCCGUACUUUGCCUACGGCAACGGGAGGGCACGGGGGCAAGACCCAGUGUACGGCGAGCCCUGGAGUCAUUGUCCAAUCACAGAUGGUUUUUUGGGCGGUGUGUCGGUGAGGGAGACGUAUGGCGUGGAGGGCAACGCGUCCUUCCUGGAGUGCUUCCCUCGCUCGUCGCAGGCGGCGCUCACGUGGACGCUGCAGCGGAGCAAGGAGCGCCAUCCUCUUCCUGUUAGCGAGGACGAGCGGUUGGUGCGCACCGAGCGAGGUUUGCUGCUGCAGCGUCUCCAAAUGGCCGACGGCGGUGUCUACACCUGCAGCAGCACCGAAGGCCAAUACAUUCGCAUCAUCAGCCGCUUCCGCCUCCGCGUCGUCCCCGCCGGCGUUCUCCGUGCUGCCCCGGGCCCCAUCCCCGCCCCUGUGGCGGCACGGGCGUGGCCGGGUAGCGCCAAAGAGCGCAAGAUGGCGGAGCGCUACUGCGAGCAGCUGUGGUUCCCAGACAAACGGCGGCAGCACCAAAUUUUCACCAUCAAACUGAAACAUGACGGCAGGAAAGCUCGCGUCAGGAGGAACCAAUCGCCUCAAGCCACUGUCUGAGACCACGCCCACUCGUCGCAUCGUGGACUUCAUGACUGUACACAUCCAAUAGAUUUACAGUACUCUGCAAAAAUCGUAGGCCACCACUCGUGACUACCCACUAUACAAAACAAAAUGACCGUUUCUAAAUCACUGGAUACAAAACGAUUGUCAAUGUUUUGUUUUUGUUUUUUUUUACCAUUUGAGUCAGUGACGUACUAUUGGAGCCAUUGAACACCCAGAAUCCAAUCCACUAUAUUCAGAAAGUCACGUGAGCAAAUCCAGAAAACAGUUUAGCGGACUUCUUGUGUAUGCUGCGCUAACAAGCAUGACUACAGGUUUAUGGCAUGAUGGUUUGAACCAAAACUUUCUUUAUAGCUGGUGUCAAACGUUAAAUACAUUUAUAUCAUUUAUUUAUACAAAUUAAUGAUAUAUGUAAACACAACUGCGAUGUAUGUGCCCUGCGAUUGGCUGGCGACCGGGUCAGGGUGUACCUGCCUCCCGCCCGAAGAUAGCUCGGAUAGGCUCCAGCAGCGCGCGACCCUAGUGAGGAGAAGCGGUAAAGAAAAUGGAUGGAUGCAUGUAAACACAAAUGAAGCCUAAACAUAUAUUAUAGUUUUUGGUGGCUCUGUGCUGACAUCUUGUGUUAAAGUAGAACCGAAUAGACCAAAAUAUCUCUUGUAGAUUUGACACACCACAGUGAAGUGUUUUUUAAGACCUGCCAAAUUUGAAUAAUAAAAAAAAUAAAUAAUCGCCAUGUAUGUAAAAUAAGGCUCUGAAUUCAUGAUAAAUAAGGCUUGCCCUCAAAUUGCAGGACUUUGUGUCCGCUGAAGGUGCUGUAGACGGCCCUUCACCUGUCAAUCAGAUGUCUGGUCGUGUAAGUAUCUGUAGCCAGCUACUAGCUGAAUAACGUGCGCCGCUGUGGUUCCAUCCAUCCAUUUCCAGUACCGCUUCUCCUCACUAUGGUGUAAAUUGUACCAACAUAUACACUGUAUGCAUAUAUGUAUAUUUCUGUCGAUAUUACCAAAAGGAGUAGCUAAAACAAAUACACUACGUUUAUAAUUUUGUAGAAAACAGUAUACAAUCAAAGAUACAGUAGAUAUCUGUACAUACAUUUACUGUACUUGUUCGCACGAGUUGUGUUUGAGUAGUUUUGUGUCAUCCUGCCAACUAACAGAAGAUGACUGAAACAACAAAUAAACAAUACAACAAGCACC